GGGGGGAAACCCACGAGAAGGAAAAAAGAAAAAAAAAAAAGAAGAGGACUGGAGGCAUAGGGGGAAAAAUUCGUUUUAUCAAACGACAUUCAUUUUGUGUGGCCAACGCUGGGCUGUGAGCAGCAAACAACUAAACCAUCAACAACUAUUCUCUCUCUCUAGAUUAUCUCUUCCACUUCUCCCUCAUCUCUCCCUCGUCUCUGUAACUUCGUGAUCUUCCCUCGCUUUAUCAGCGCCUCCCUUCGUAAACCCUCGAAUCUCCGGCGGGAAACUCGAAUCACUGAGCUGUUGAACUGGCGCUGUAGCUGGAGUCUAUCUGGCGCGUGUCUUAAUUUUGCCUCCUGCGACCUGCCGUAAUCUACCAAUGAGAUUGCUCCGCUCCGAUGCUCCUGCGUAGUAAUGGCCUCCUCUUCUUCCAUGUCCGUAUCGGUGGAAUGCGUCAACUUGUGUAAUUUCCCUAAAGGAGAUACAAGUGCUAGAUAUGACUGUAGCGUGCUGUCUUGUGCCUGGAAAGCUCCAAGAGUAUUGACUGGAUUUCUUGCUAGCACAGCGCACCCUCCGGUUUGCUCAUCAUUGAUCUGCACCCAGAGCAGAAGGAAUCACUUGAAAUUUUGUCAGAAACACGAGGCCUUCAAAGUGAACAGAAUUUGUGCAAGUGAAUCUGGUGAAUCCCCCAUUUACAAAAGACUCUUACGAGCAAAAUUGGUUCAUGAAUUUGAUAGAAGAUGGGAAUCAUGCUGCUCUUCAUGUCCUUCCUCAAGCGUCUCGGAAGAAAUUUCUCCAGAAAGUCUGUGGGAGGAUCUCAAGCCCACUGUAUCAUACCUUUCACCACAAGAAUUGGAUUUGGUCCACUGUGCUCUUAAGCUUGCUUUUCAGGCUCAUGAUGGGCAGAAACGUCGCAGUGGCGAGCCCUUCAUCAUUCAUCCUGUUGAAGUUGCUCGGAUUUUAGGCGAACUUGGAUUGGAUUGGGAGUCGAUUGCUGCAGGAUUGCUGCAUGAUACCGUCGAGGAUACAAAUGUUGUAACUUUUGAAAGAAUAGAAAAAGAAUUUGGGCCUGUUGUCCGCCACAUUGUAGAAGGAGAGACUAAGGUCUCCAAACUUGGAAAACUGAAGUGUAAGAAUGAGAACAAUUCUGUGCAAGAUGUAAAGGCUGAUGACUUGCGACAGAUGUUUCUUGCCAUGACUGAAGAGGUCCGUGUUAUCAUUGUGAAGUUAGCGGACAGAUUGCAUAACAUGCGAACUCUCUCGCACAUGCCACCUCAUAAACAGUCGAGCAUUGCAACAGAAACGCUUCAGGUUUUUGCUCCUCUUGCAAAGUUAUUAGGAAUGUAUCAGAUCAAGUCGGAGCUUGAAAACUUGUCAUUCAUGUAUACAAAUCCUGAAGAUUAUGCCAGAAUCAAGAGGAGAGUUGCAGAGCUCUGUAAAGAACACGAGAAAGAAAUUUUGGAGGCCAACAAGAUUUUGGAGAAGAAGAUUGAAGAGGACCAGUUCCUAGACCUGGUGACUGUACACACUGAAGUUCGCUCAGCAUGCAAGGAGCCUUACAGCAUUUACAAAGCAGUGCUAAAAUCCAAGGGCUCCAUCAAUGAAGUCAAUCAAAUAGCACAGCUUCGGAUCAUUGUAAGGCCGAAGCCAUCAAGUGGAGUUAGGCCUUUGUGCAGCCCUCAACAGAUUUGCUACCAUGUGCUUGGCUUGGUCCAUGGGAUAUGGACUCCAAUCCCUCGUGCUAUGAAGGACUACAUUGCUACCCCUAAGCCUAAUGGAUAUCAAAGUUUACAGACAACUGUGAUCCCAUUUCUGUAUGAAAGCAUGUUCCGGCUGGAAGUACAGAUAAGGACUGAAGAGAUGAACCUUAUUGCCGAGAGAGGCAUUGCUACUCAUUAUAGUGGGAGAGGGAAUAUUACUGGGCUAGUUGGACAUGCCAAGCCUGGUGGUAGGAGUUCAAGAGGCAAAACUAUCUGUCUCAAUAAUGCAAACAUUGCACUAAGGGUUGGUUGGCUAAAUGCAAUUAGAGAAUGGCAAGAAGAGUUUGUUGGCAAUAUGAGCUCUAGAGAGUUUGUGGAUACAAUUACCAGAGACUUGUUAGGUAGUCGCGUGUUUGUAUUCACACCAAGGGGAGAGGCAAGUGUAUAUUUUACUUCACCUAUUAGAUAUCUUAUCCUUCCCCGUGAAAUGAAAAGUCACAUUGAUUUCUUGCAGAUUAAAAAUUUGCCGAAAGGGGCUACUGUCAUUGACUAUGCGUACAUGAUACACACUGAAGUUGGCAACAAGAUGGUGGCUGCAAAGGUCAAUGGCAAUCUUGUUACUCCAAUGCACAUCCUUGCUAAUGCAGAAGUUGUGGAGAUAAUUACAUAUAAUGCUCUCUCUAGCAAAUCAGCUUUUCAGAGGCAUAAACAAUGGUUACAAUAUGCAAGGACCCGCAGUGCCAGGCACAAAAUAAUGAAAUUUUUGCGAGAGCAAGCUGCUCUAUCUGCCAGUGAAAUAACAGCAGAUAGUGUGAAUGACUUUGUUGCCGACUCAGAAGAGGAGAGUGAGGUAGAUGAUCUCUCUGACAAAACGAAGCAGAGUAGGCCUUUUUGGGAGAAGAUCUUUGUAAGUGUUGUUGACAAGUCAUCUGGUGGACAAGGAUCUGGUGGCUCAUCUGUUACCAAUGGAAGUAUUUGGUCCCCAAAGGUUAAUGGAAAACAUAACAAACAUUUACGAAAUGCGAGUUUACCAGCUGAGGGGCUAUCGCAGGGAAAUGGUGUUGCUGGUUUGAUUCAAGCUAAUAUUCCAGCGUACAAGGAAGUUUUGCCUGGACUUGAGAACUGGCAAGCAAGCAAGGUUGCUUCCUGGCACAAUCUUGAAGGGCACUCAAUUCAGUGGUUAUGUGUUGUCUGCAUAAACAGAAAAGGGAUGAUGGCUGAUAUUACAUCUGCGCUGGCAGCUGUGGACAUCAGCAUAUGCUCCUGUGUGGCUGAGAUUGACCGAGGGCGUGGAAUGGCGGUUUUAUUGUUUCAUAUAGAAGCGAACCUUGAUAAUUUGGUUCAGGCUUGCUCAGGUGUAGAUCUUAUCCUGGGCGUUUUGGGAUGGUCGACAGGCUGUACAUGGCCUAUCUCAAUGGAAAGUCACAAGUAUCUUGAAUGCUAGCUAAUCGGUUUACAGGGUGAGUGACGAAAGCAUAGUUGAACCAAGCUGGAACCUUGGUGAGAAAAGUUUUGCAUCCGGGAGGAAGAGAGUGUUUGUGUUGUCGUUCGUUUGUUGUACGUUGGAUUUGGUAGCUUUCACAGAUGUCAUCAUGUAUCACGCAUUCGUUGGACAAGGCAGUGAAUAAAACAGCGGCAGCCUACUGAGCCAAGUCCGUCUGCUGGAAGGAAGAAAUCUCAGCUCUUUUGUACAUAGAGGAAGAGGAGUCUUCAUUUAAAAGACAAAAACAAAUAUACACAACCAUGUAAAGACUGGACUGGAUGAAUGGGAUAUAUACAACAAAACACAGAACGCACUUCAUUUGGGUUUUAAGAUUUCUUGUUUUUCUGGGUCUCGUUGCUGAGCUCUCCACGCAGUAGCAGGUUGAAGCUUUUUGUUGCAGAUUCUGCAUUCUCUCUACCAGCUUGAAGCUCAACUCAAUUCACAAACGGAGCACAAGGUGCGUCAGCUGGUCCUCCACUGCCAUUGCCAGAGACUCCAGCGUCUCAGCUGGCCAUAUGAUUGCUUCGGAGUCGGAAUCCGUCCAGGUUUCCAAUCCUUCUUCCAGCAUCUCCAGCUCGUCUUUCUCUGUUUCCUCGUUGCUCUCAUCUUCCUCCUCCUCGCUCGCCAUGUCAUCCACGUCGUCAUCCUCAACGUAGCCAUCUACUUCUUCCAUGACGCCGUCCUCUGUUUUCCGAGUGUUCAUCCCAGCUCCACCUGUUGCUGCCUCUUCCCCUUCUCCAUCCUCAUUCUUGAUCGACGGCAGCUCGUCUUCAACAGAUUCAUCUUCCUCCUUUGGAUUGGACUCCGUGGCUGCAGGCAUUGUCAUUGCUCCUCCCGCAAAAAAAGCCUCAAUUUCUGGAUCAAAAGCUUCUCCUUCUCCUCUGUUUUCGCCUUCGUCUUCCUCCUCGAGCUCUUCAUCGUACCCUGCCGAAAUCUCUUUAUCGGCAUUCAGCUUUGUGGCUUCCGCUCCUCCAUCCGCCUCCAUCGUGGCUUCAACAUCAUCCUCUUGUGGCAAGGAUUCAUCGGAUGAAGAUGCUUCCGUAUCAUCGCCGUUGCGAUGGGUGGGCGUGAUGUUGAUUUCUUCUGGUGUUUCAUGGGCCACAGCCUCAGCCUGAUUUCCUUCCUAAAAAGGAAAACACCAACCAACCCAAAAAAGUUUGUUACAUCAGGCAAGCAGCUAUAAGAAAUUUCAGGUGGUGUUUCUCAUGGGAAAGUUGUCAAAUACCAGAGUAUCAUCAUGAGUGGAGGCUUUAUCGGACGUUUUCUGCUUCUUCUGUUGUUCAUGUUGGUCUCCGGCGAGGCGGGUGCUUUUCUUGUUAUCCUCAGGGUCCUUGGUUUUCCUGAAAAUAAAAGUGGCGACGAGGCCUCCGACGGCCAGGGCACCGCCGAACAGAGCCAAGCCACCAAGGUUGACGACGCCACCGCCAUGGAUACGAAUCAGCGACUGUUUGUUUGAUCUGCCGCCUUGUCUGCGUUGAUGAGGAACUCUCCCAACAUCAGCAUCCUCCAUGUUCGUCAUGUUGAAGAAAUGACGAAGAGAAGGAGGAGGAGAAGACAGGGGAAAAUCGAAAUAAACUCAGGGUCGAGAAAAUGGGGAAAGGAAGGAAGGGAGAAAUGGAGUUUUGGGGAAAGCGGUGGUCAAAUUUAGGGGAUAUAUAAAAUAGGAGCUCGGCUACUGUUCAUAAGGAUUUUAUCCCAUGUUAUUUCACAAUGAGCUUUUUUUUUCUUUUCUUUUCUACGAUGAGUCUUCAUUUUCGUCAGGCUAUCUUUCUAUUUCCCAAAAAAAUCUCUC